CCAGUUUCUACCGGCGCCGGCGUGCCGGAGGGCUCAUGCGAGUUCUCUCGAGGCGCCAUGGUGAUGCGCUGCGUGUUCCUCGACUACUGCAGUUUUUGGGUCACGUUGUGAAGUUUGAUGUCGCGAUGAUGUUGGGGGUGCUGUCCUGUGUCGCGACGUUGCCGCCUGCCGAUCGGGCCUUUGCGUCGCGUCGAGCCGACAUCUGGAAUGUGCUAGCGCGCGUUUGAACUUUUGCUCGCGGGGACUGAGCGGAGAAAGUCAAACGGCCAACAUUCUCGACAACCACUGACAGGACGACCCUCACACCGCUAUGCCGCGCAGGUAACGACAAAAUGGCUCCAAUCGAUCUCGGCACUCUGUCCAGCAACUGGAAGAUACUGCAGCAGCGCCUGAAGCCCUCAACGCCGGCAACACCUCUGAAGAACAAGAAGUUGGAAGAAGAGAAGCCGUCUUCACUCAAGCGCAAGCGACCACAGCACGCCAAUGGGAAGCACGGAGAUGAACCAGCAAAGUCUGUAAACGGCUCACAGAAGAACACACCGCGCAAACCCCUGCCCUCGAGAAAGCGACAGAAGAUGGAAGAGCCUACGUCUGUGGGCGCUUCAGUCAAGCAGCAUGAUACCAAAUCCCUCUCUAAGAGCGUCUCGAUGCCCUCUCUCAAGAAGACGCCUCUUCUGAGCGACCCGCGAGACGCUGCAGCUGCAGUGUCAAUCCUCGAACCACAUCCCGACUUCCCCGAUGUAGAGAAUGAGGGCGUGUCAGAAGUAGCGCUACCCGGCAAAUACGUCGCAUUGGAUUGCGAGAUGGUGGGAGUAGGACCAGAGCCCAACCGCGACUCUGCGCUAGCGAGAGUGUCUCUGGUCAACUUUCACGGUCACCAGGUCUACGAUUCCUACGUCCAGGUACCACGACAGAUCGAAAUCACCGACUAUCGAACACAUGUCUCUGGUAUCGAGCCCAGGCAUCUUCGCAAGGACGUCGCGCGACCCUUCGACGAAGUACGAAACGACCUUAAGAUCCUUCUCACCGGGCGCAUACUCGUUGGUCACGCGGUGAAGAAUGACCUCGACGUGCUCAUCUUGAAGCAUGACAAGCGCUUCAUUCGCGAUACAUCCAAGUUCUCAAAGUUCAGAGAAUUGGCCACCAUACCAGGGCGCACACCAGGUUUGAAGCUAUUGGCAGAGAAGCUGUUGGGCGUGGAGAUUCAAGUCGGCGCGCAUAGCUCAGUCGAAGACGCCCGCGCUACUAUGGCGCUCUUCAGGUUGGAGAAGGACAGCUUCGAGCUUGAGGUACGGCAGAAGUAUGGCAAUAUCCGCCUCGACGCAAUUGGACCAGAAGUCGACGUCGGUGGUAGUGAAGAUACCAAAAAGAAGAGCCGGAACAGGAAGAAGAAAAAGAAGAGGAACUAAAGGGCAGGGAGAUGUAGUCUCGCCAUUGUUGUUGUUGUUUCUGAUUUUGCUGCAUUUGCAUGGAGUCUUGCAUGGUACGGAUACCCUGAAAAGUCCACGUGUACAUCAUUACUGUUGGAUUCUGUAUUGUUGGUAGCAGUAGCUUCUACAAGCUCUGGCCAAGGUUGUCUUUAGCCGGGAAUGGAUCAGAUAUUUCCACCACCUGUAUUGAACAGAGGCCUUUUUCUGACGUGGAGUCUUCCGUCCAUUUCUGAAGUAAUGACCACCCAAGCCAUAGAUUAGUACGAAGCUAAAUGUGAUUCUGACGAUACAGCAUCAACUUGAGGUAUCGCAAGGUGGGG